UAAAUGCAUAAUAAUAAUUGAGUAUUUAUUCCCUUAUUUCUCGUUGGAACGAUUAAAAUAAAAAUACUUAAGAAGUUAAAAAAUCUCGUGACCAAACCGAUUCAACCCGACUUGACCCGGACAACCCAACCAACAAAUUAGGAUAACCCAUGAACCCCAAAGAUUGGAGGGAAAAAACUCAAAUAAUUCCACCCAAAAAGCAAAAACUCCCGCUUGUGCCAACCUCACAUCACAAAAAUCCAUCUUACACUUCACCGCGUACAUAUAUACUCAUACCCCUAAAAACACAAAUGACAAAAAUACCCUCAUCAAAACGUUGACCCUAAAACACCCUCAAGGGUAAAAUAGUCAAAAUUACACCGACGUCACCACACAUAUAUAUACACCUCAUCACCUCUAUAUAUCUCUAGAUCUUUCUUACCUCUCGUUCGCAACAAACACCCUUCUCUCUCUCAUAUAUCUUCGACCCCUCUCUCUCUCUCCUCAUAUAUAAUACUAUCAAUUUCUUCAAAUUCGUUACAAUUUUACAUAUAAUGUACGCCCAAUUUCAAAUUCUUGGCUCUUGAUUUCUCUACCGUUUGAUAUAAAGUACUUAAUUUAUAAACCCUAAUUUUUGAAAUUUCUUUUUAAUCAGCUUGUGCUAGAAGGUUUUAGUGUGAUUUGGACGAUAGAUAAGAGAGUGCGGAUAAGUAUUAAUGGCAGAACAAGGCUUGGAAGGUAGCCAACCGGUCGAUUUGUUGAGGCAUCCAUCUGGGAUUGUCCCAACUCUUCAGAAUAUUGUCUCAACUGUCAAUUUGGACUGCAAGUUAGAACUUAAAGCGAUUGCAUUGCAAGCUCGUAAUGCAGAGUAUAACCCAAAGCGUUUUGCUGCAGUGAUUAUGAGGAUAAGGGAGCCAAAGACAACUGCCUUAAUCUUUGCUUCAGGCAAAAUGGUCUGUACUGGAGCUAAGAGUGAGAGUCAGUCAAAACUAGCUGCUCGCAAGUAUGCUAGAAUCAUUCAGAAGCUUGGAUUUCCUGCAAAAUUUAAGGAUUUCAAGAUUCAAAAUAUUGUUGGAUCAUGUGAUGUUAAGUUUCCUAUCAGACUGGAGGGGCUUGCAUAUUCUCAUGGUGCUUUCUCUAGUUAUGAACCAGAACUAUUCCCUGGCUUGAUUUACCGAAUGAAGCAACCCAAGAUUGUGUUGCUUAUAUUUGUGUCUGGGAAAAUUGUUCUCACAGGAGCUAAGGUGAGAGAAGAGACUUAUACCGCAUUUGAGAACAUUUAUCCAGUGCUUACCGAGUUUAGGAAAAGCCAGCAAUGAUGAUUAUUAUGAAAUCAAGGGAGUUGCUGAGCGACGUCUAUUCUAGGACUUAUCAAUGCUUCAUCGACUUAAUUGUAAAUAGAUGAAAGGAGAUCUUGGUGCCUGCUUCUGCUGGAUUCAAUGAUGACUUGUAAUAUGCGUGGCUGUGGGUGUCGCUAAAAAAACAUUUUUUUUUUCAUGCCCCCUUCCCCUAGAUGGUAUAAGCUUCACAAACUCUAGUGUCAAAACAGUAACCGAUAAUGAGAAUUACGUAAAUUUUGGAUCAAACUCUUUUA